AUGAAUAUUAUACCUUGUUCCAUUAAAACACUCAAGGGGUUAUACGAUAUAUCAGGUGUAGAAGUAGGCCAACACUUCUAUUGGCAAAUAGGAGGUUUCCAAAUUCAUGCCCAAGUACUCAUCACUUCUUGGGUCGUAAUUACUAUCUUGCUAGGUUCAGUUCUCAUAGCUGUUCGGAAUCCACAAACCAUCCCGACCGACGGUCAGAAUUUCUUUGAAUAUAUUCUUGAGUUUAUUCGAGACUUGAGCAAAACUCAGAUUGGAGAGGAAUAUGGUCCCUGGGUUCCUUUUAUUGGAACUAUGUUCCUUUUUAUUUUUGUUUCGAAUUGGUCGGGUGCUCUUUUACCUUGGAAAAUUAUAGAGUUACCCCACGGGGAAUUAGCAGCGCCCACGAAUGAUAUAAAUACUACUGUUGCUUUAGCUUUACUCACGUCAGCGGCAUAUUUUUAUGCGGGUCUUAGCAAAAAAGGAUUGAGCUAUUUCGAGAAAUAUAUUAAACCAACCCCAAUCCUUUUACCAAUCAACAUCCUGGAAGAUUUCACAAAACCAUUAUCGCUUAGCUUUCGACUUUUCGGGAAUAUAUUGGCAGAUGAAUUAGUCGUUGUUGUUCUUGUUUCUUUAGUCCCCUUAGUAGUCCCUAUACCGGUCAUGUUUCUUGGAUUAUUUACAAGCGGUAUUCAAGCUCUUAUUUUUGCAACAUUAGCCGCAGCUUAUAUAGGUGAAUCUAUGGAGGGUCAUCAUUGA